GCUGUGUUAACAUCCGGGCGUUUCUGACAAUAAUCUCUUCUAUUUUCGACACGCUGCAUAACGAGUUAUUUGAUUAUAAAGCGCAAAUUUUAAAGUAUGUUAUCUCGGUCAAUACGCGCAGAAACCCGCAGCAGAGCGAAAGAGGACAUCAAAAGAGUCAUCACUGCUAUUGAUAAAGUCAGAACCUGGGAGAAACGAUGGGUCACAAUAGGAGAUACAAGCAUGAAGGUGUUCAAGUGGGUCCCAGUUACUGCCUCGACACCAAGCUCUCAAAAAAUGUUCGGGAAGAAGGUGGCUCACACUUCAAAGAACCGGGUGGGAAGGGCGCCCAAGGACCUCUCAAAUGGAGAAGACAGCAAUCAGGGUAGUCCAGACAUCAAUCUUGAUGAAUCCACACGGCAGUCUCAGGGUUCAGACAGUGGGUCACUGAGCAAGUUUAACGAUGAUUCCAACAUGUCAUUCCCAGGGGACAUGAGAAACCAUGAAGAUAGUAAUGACACCAACAUGAGUGCUGCCCUGAAAUUGGUGCGUAGGGAUAUCAAUGGAGAUGAAUCAAAUGAUUCGUCAGGAAUGCCCUCACCAGCUAAGAAAUUAAGCACAGACGAGAAAUCCUGAGACGUCUCUCAUGGGGCGGCCACUGCCUGUAGUCAUUUCUUCACAUCUUUUCACUUCACAUUGAGGCCUAUAUAUAUAAAUAUAGAUAUAUGACAUCACUGGAUCAAAUUUUGUGAUAUAACUUUGUCGUAAAACAUGCACGGUGGUCAUGGACUCGUGGUCAUAGUGGAACUGUCAUUACUUUGUUGUGUCAUGUAGUGGUCAUGGUGAUACUGUCAAACGUGGAAUGGUUGAGGUUGGUUAGGGUUCUUAACUUCUACUUUUGUGAUUCCAUCAUGUUGCAUACUCAAACGUUGCUAAAUGUUUUACAAGGUAUGAAAACCUUUUGUGUAUAUGGUUCUCAAUAUGGUACAAUGUACAGACAUAGGCCAAGUAUCUCGCGAACAUAGGCACAAUACCUCGUGAACAUGGGCACAGCGCCUUGCAAACAGGCAGAGUGCCUCGUGAACAUUGGCCAAGUAUCUUGUGAACAUGAGCACAGUACCUCGUGAACAUAGGCACAGUGCCUUGCUAUCAUAGGCUAAGUGCCUUGCGAUCGUAGGCUAAGUGCCUUGCGAUCAUAGGUACAGUGCCUUGCGAUCAUAGGCUAAGUGCCUUGCGAUCAUAGGUACAGUGCCUUGCGAUCAUAGGCUAAGUGCCUUGCGAUCAUAGGUACAGGCCUUGCGAUCAUAGGUACAGUGCCUUGCGAUCAUAGGCUUAGUGCCUUGCGAUCAUAGGUACAGUGCCUCGCAAACAUAGAUACAGUGCCUUGCGAUCAUAGGCUUAGUGCCUUGCGAUCAUAGGCACAGUGCCUUGCGAAUAUUGGCACAGAAGCCUCGCAAACAUUGUCACAGACAAGACAAGUAGGAAAUUACGUGUUCUGAUAUCUGCUAUGUAAUUGAAUAAUUAGAUGGUGAUAAAUACAUGUUAUAAGGUGACUCACUGUGUAUGAUUAUUUUCUUGUACUAGUAUUAUUGGGCAUUUAAAAGAUAGAAGUAAUAAGGGUACCUUUGACAAUACAGUUUUCUAUUCUUGACAAUCAUUCGUCUCUAAAUCUCAUUUAGCUUCCUUAUUGCCUUUGCGUUUUAAAAAUGAAAACAUUAUUAUAGAAUUUAUAGUGGAUGUGUCUUGAUUAAUAGACAAUAGUCCAAAUUCGCACAAGUCUGGCACUUAUGAAUUGUCUGCAUUGCUUUUAAUCACAACUAAAAAGUAAUGUAACAAAUGGGGCUUGUUGAUAUAAAUUCACAUUUCGAUGACCGAUGUUUAUCAUUUACUUAUCUGCCCUUCUAAGAAGGCUACCAUAUAUGAAUGUGUAUGAGUUUUUCAGUAAAAAUGAAGAUUCAACUGAAUUUAGCUGCUUGAAAGUUUUUCCCAGAAUCCACCAAAUUACUACUAUCUGUGCAUAAUAAUGUUUGACGCAUAUGAUUUCUUAAAAUACUUCAUAAAUCAGUAAUUAUAAAUUUAAAUGACCAUGCUGCAGUAUGUUUAUUUUUUAACAGUAACCUUCUGAAUUGACAAUAAGAAAGUUCUUUAAAAAGCCAAUAUUUUUAUUAUACAACAAGUAUGAGACAUGUUUACAUUGAAAAUAAUCUUUGCUCACAUGUAUAUUUUUAUAGCUUUUGUUGUUGUCCUCGAAACAAACAGCGUAAACAUAUGUAGGUUCUGAAUUAUAUCUGUUAAAUGCUGUAUAAGUUGAAAAUCUGAAGUAUUUAUUGACUAAAUGCAUGUUAACUGUUUAUCAUUGUAAUAAUUGGCACUCAUGGUACUAUUUUCACAUAUUGUGGGAAAAUUAACUGAGAAAAUCUCGUUUAUAUGAAUAUGCAUGAGGCAGGGGGGACAACUCUUCUUCCAUUGAAAUCACAUUUUACAAUUAAAUGGUCUUAAUUACCCCUGUACUGUCAGUUGUUUCCAUAGGCGAGUAGUCUUGCAUGGCUGGGGUCAAAUUUGAACUAAUAGGGCUGGCCAAGUUCAAUAUGAUCUUUCGCAAGAAUACUCUUUCUAAGAAAAACAUUUGUACAAGUGUCUUCAUAUAUGUGUCAGAUUUCUGGUGAGGUUUCCGAGCGGAAACAACGAAACUGCCUCAUAAAUUAUUCAUUAAAAUGAGAUUUUUCUUAGCCAAAUCGCCCACGGUACACAACCAAGCAUAGUGCAUAGAUUAGUGUAUCGGGGGUAUCCGAAGAUGACUGUAUAUAUGGUGUAUAUAUUUGUUGUAAGUGCAUAAUUGUCUUGUGGUACAGUUCAUUAUUGAACUAAUUGUACUUUGAAAUUUUGAAUAAACUUCCAAAUAUAAUAAUGAAUCUUUA